AUGGCCGCGGACUCGGAGGUGCUGCACUUCCAGUUCGAGCAGCAAGGCGAUGCCGUGCUGCAGAAGAUGAACCUCCUGCGGCAGCAGAACCUCUUCUGCGACGUCUCCAUUUACAUCAACGACACCGAGUUCCAGGGGCACAAGGUGAUCUUUGCCGCCUGCUCCACCUUCAUGCGGGACCAGUUUCUGCUCAACCAGUCGAAGCAGGUGCGGAUCACCAUCCUGCAGAGCGCCGAGGUGGGCAGGAAGCUGCUGCUCUCCUGUUACACGGGGGCUCUGGAGGUCAAAAAGAAGGAGCUGCUGAAGUACCUCACGGCAGCGAGUUACCUGCAGAUGGUUCACAUCGUGGAGAAGUGCACCGAAGCUUUGUCCAAGUACUUGGAAAUCGACGCUUCCAUGGAGAACGGUCACCAGGCUGCAGAGAGGUGUCAUUCCUCAGAUGCUGAGCUGAGAAACGGGGAGGAGGCUUCAGAGAAAGACUGUGAAAUAAUAGAGAUCUCUGAAGACAGCCCAGUGAACGCAGAGUACCCGGUGAAACAGGAGAAGGGAGAGGUCUCACAGCCCGCAGCGCAGAGCUUGGUCGCGGAAAGAAAGGACACAAAAACCCCAGAGAUAUCGACAGUGGAGAUCGGAUAUAAGGACGAUGAAAUCUGUAUCUUCAGAAUGGAUUCUAUGAGCGUAGCCAAUGUGGAGAAUGAUCGUUUUCCUCAGCCUUGCACAUCCUCUAAAACAAACUUGUAUUUUCCGGAGACCCAGCACUCCUUGAUAAAUUCUACAGUUGAAAGCAGAAAUACAGAGAUGUCAGGAAAUCACUUUCAAGCUUUUGUCAGUGACAACACAGAAGGAACUUCUAGUCUGAUGAACGGGUUCCAGAGCCUGGAUGAUUCUGGCAGUUCAUGGCGGCACCAAUGUCCAAAGUGUCCGAGGGGAUUUCUGCAUCUCGAGAACUAUCUCAGACAUCUAAAAAUGCACAAACUCUUCUUGUGUUUGCAGUGUGGGAAAACGUUUACUCAAAAAAAGAAUCUCAACAGACACAUCCGUGGGCACAUGGGCAUCCGGCCCUUCCAGUGCAUGGUGUGUCUGAAGACCUUCACUGCCAAAAGUACGCUGCAGGAUCACCUGAACAUCCACAGCGGUGACCGGCCCUACAAGUGUCACUGUUGUGACAUGGACUUUAAACACAAGUCUGCUCUUAAAAAGCAUUUAACUUCUGUUCAUGGAAGGAGUAGUAGUGAAAAAACAACCCUGAGCACUAUUACAAAAGUUAAAAUAGAUUAUGAUUAA